AUGUUUUUUGUUUUGAUAUUUGAACCAACUGAUAAUUCGAACCAAUCAAAUUUUGACAUAGACAAGAUUAAAUUAGAACUUAAUAACAGAAAACUUGAUAUGCCUGAAGAUGUGAUUAACAAAAUAAGCACUUUAAACAAUGAGUCUCUUUUUAUUACACCUACUUUUGAAUAUUACGAAAAUGAAAAAUUUACACCAAAUGUUACAGACUUAGCAUCAAUCGCUGGUAUUAUGUGGGGAAAUACAUCACUUACUAUUAGAAACAAAUAUGAAGUUUUAACAAAUCAAAUAAAAUUAAACUCAAAGUUUGAGUUAAAACACGGAGUCAGGGUACUAAAGCUGAUCCUAGCUAAACUAUACCUUGAUUAUAUGCAAUAUCUUGUGUUUAAGAACUAUAUUUCUUUACCUAGAUUAGAUAUAUCAAAAAGCCAAGACCUUUGUCUUUG